AUAUGUUUGACGCGCCAUGAUAUCUUGUCGUUCGCUUGCCCAAGUCGCUCUGUGACCUUCACGAUUCAAGCGUACCUGGUAUGGCUUCGCAGAAGUCUCCGGGCGCGAGCCCAUCUGCGUCGUCGAUCUUUCUACCUCUAGGGAGACGUAGUUCUCGAGCAUCGAUAUCGAGUCAGGCGGAACGGGAAAAUCUGAACGAGGCCUUGGACCAAAUACAUUCUGCCGCCUAUCAGUCAGACUCGCUGACAGUCUUCAACGAGUUUACGCAUCCUCCGAAUUCAUCAAAUGUGACAGAUAACAAAAGUUUAACCGGGGAUAUUCAGGGAGGCUUGAGUGGACUGUAUAACCGACUCAGGGCGUCUGUUGGAGGAGUCAAAGACAUCGUCGGUGGCUCUGGAAAGCCAGUGGAUGGGGCCCCUUCAGCAGAUGGAUCUGGCAUCAGGAGUCCCAACAGUGACUUCGUUAGUCCCAAGUCGAGCGCUGCUCCGACUCCUGUUGUCCCGACUGCAGAUUCCCAUUCUUCGUACCCGAGCUCGGCCCAAGGGUCAAAGAUCCAUUCGCCGAUUUUGAACGCUUUCCCGUCAAAUGCAGAUGCCUCUGCCCAAGCGCAGGCAGCGAAGAGCUCGAGGUUCUCCUCGAAGACUGCUAGCAUCUCCUCAAAAGCUUCCGUCUCGCCAGCUCCUCCCGUGAAGUCACCCACUGCGCCUCUCCCUAAGACGACAAGUAAUGUCUCUACGGCGGAUCCCACAGUUACGGAAGUCAAGGUGAACGCUACCAGGGAUGCUCCUGAUCGCUCUAGGAGCAAUUCUGCCAGCUUAUCUUCUCAUGCCAUGUAUAAUGCGGAUCCAGUCGCGACCGGCAGAGAUGAAAGUUCACCUAACCCUUCUCAGGGUCAAAGCUCAUUAGGAUUGAGUCCCCGCAAGUCUUAUUCUCCGAUCCUUACUGCUAAAUCUUCCAACGUCUUGUAUGGCGAUGGGCAAAAUGUACCCGAUAGUACCCGCUCUCCGAGCUUAGGACGGGAACCGUUGAGUAACGAUAAACCGAAGAAAGCUGGUUAUGUCCCCCUCGAUCGCCACCCGUUGCCCGAAUUAGACACAUCUGUGCCCAACUCAACAUGGAAAACGAAGCAAACUGAUGGCGCACAUGACACUCAGCUCUCAUCUCAGGAUAGCUCGGCGCCCAGCUCAUCAGUCGCGCUUGCGUCAGAAGAGUCAGCGGGCAUAAGCUCUGCUACAAACAGCCUUUCUAGAAUCCCUAACGAUGAUAGCUCCGGACCCGAAGCACGGACUCCUACUACAUUGGAGACGUCCAUUGCGAUGACUGACAAUGAGCAUAAGUCGGCUCUUUCCUCCAGGCAUUCUGUUAACAAGCCACGACAGAAAGCGACUCCGCACACCGUACAGAGUCGCCUACCAGGCUACAUCAUGUCCCGAACAUCGUCAACAGAUACUGCCACAACAAGCUCACCUGUUGCUACAAGAGGGUCUACAAAUGGCUCGAAUAGCCAAAAUUCCCGUGACAAACGCCCUUCAUAUCCGGCUGGCGAGACAGCAAACCAAAGUAAUGUUAUGACACAAUUGAGGAGCAGACUACUGAGCAAAGACUUCUGGAUGCGUGACGAAAAUGCGAAGGAUUGUUUCCACUGUGGAGAGCCUUUCUCGACCUUUCGACGGAAACACCAUUGUCGGACAUGUGGCCAGAUCUUCGAUUCGAAGUGUACCUCCUUGAUCCCUGGCGCGCAGUUUGGGCAGAGCGGGUCGAUACGUGUCUGUAAACCUUGCGAAGUCAUGAUAAACGCUCACGAAGACGACUCAUCAGACUUCACGGAGAACGAAGCCAGCCCUAUCGUGCCCCACACUCUCAUAUCCAACUCUCCUUUACACGUGAACCCUCCUCGACCGCUGAUUGAUGAUGACGAUUCAGCUUCUAUAGUUUCUCAGUCUAUAGAGCACGUCAUGAAAACACCGACAAUGGCUAUUCCUGCCACAAAGCGAGCGGGAGAAGGUCAUAAUCGUCGUUCAGCUGUCUUAGAGAUCGAUUCUGACCGACCUUUAGCGAGACCGACUUCGUCUCGUUCUCUGAAGUCAUCUCAUGGGGGACGUCCCUAUAGCAUGAGCCACAAACGUCACCAUUCCCGUCAGCAGUAUAUACGCAACUUUAAAUCUUUCCACGACGACAGGGCCCCCUUUCAGCGUCGGCAUGUGGAAGAGAUCGGCCCAGAGGCCCAUCUUCCGGCCUUCCAUAAAGACAGUAUCAUCGAUCCCGACUUAGCUCAGUAUCUUUCUGAUGAUGCGUCUAGUGGGGAUGAACAACCAAACAUCUUCGCUGCUGUUUCCGAUGGUUCCUUGCCCAAAGGUAGUGGUGAUCACGAGAAAGCUACGCUUGGCGGGCUUUUGGCAGCUGUCAAAAAGGGUAGAUCUCGUUUUGGCGACCGCAGCGCUGCUAGCGGUAUCCAUUCUGGUCGCGACGCUGAGGAUGGUAGCAUCACUAGCUCGAGAGCAGUGAAUCUACCGCGUCAGGGUCGCCGCCGCAAUCUGAGUGUUGCCAGUAGUAUUCACCAGCGACCUUCACCAAGGAUCUUCAAAGAGGGUAUUUUCAGCGUUCUCCCUCAAAGUCCACAAGGGGUUGCCUGCUCUACUGGUGUAGCAUCCAGUGGGUUCAAAAUGACAAGAAGCUCCUCAAUGAGGGGUGCUGGCGCCCCGGCGAUCGAGCUAAACAGGGCGAGCCUGCAGCAUGUCCGUAAGCUACUCGGACAACUGCUAAAAGACACUGCUAUACCUCAUGCCCAUAGUUGGGAGAAUGCCCUUCUGCCUAUUCUUCUGAAAGCCACCGAUGAGGUGGAUCCAGACGUUCAACAUGGAGACGACAUGGAUAUUCGCCACUAUAUCAAGCUGAAAAAGAUACCUGGUGGCCGACCCGGCGAUACCUCUUAUGUGUCAGGACUUGUAUUCACUAAGAACCUUGCACUGAAAAGCAUGCCUCGAAGCAUCCCACAGCCAAAUAUUCUCAUCAUUACAUUUCCGCUUGAGUAUGCGCGGUAUCAGCAACACUUUAUGAGUCUCGAGCCGGUGAUUCGGCAAGAGCGCGAAUUCUUGGAGAACCUUGUCAGCCGCAUUGCUGCUUUGCGCCCUAAUUUGCUUCUGGUCGAGAAGAAUGUGUCCGGUCUAGCACUCGAGCUUCUUGAGAAAGCCAACAUCGCAACUGCGUACAAUGUGAAGCCGUCUGUACUGGAGGCAGUGUCCAGAUGCACCCAGACACGCAUUAUCACAUCUAUGGAUAAACUCGUAACCACUCCAGCUCAUACUGGCCACUGUGGCAGUUUCGAUGUCAAAACUUACGUCUACGGUGGCCGCAGAAAGACGUAUAUGUAUAUCUCUGGCUGCCCAAAGGAACUUGGCUGUACCAUUGUUUUGCGCGGAGCUGAUAACGACGUCCUCGUAAAUGUCAAGCGAAUCACGGAGUUUAUGGUUUACGUCGUGUACAACCUCAAGUUGGAGACCUGUCUGAUGAGGGAUGAAUUUGCGCAGAUACCCACAUCUCCUGACGAGCUCGUCAAGAAUGGAGGUGAAACCUCUGGCAAGGGCGGCAAUGCGAAGGCACUGACCGACUCCAAGGAAGCGGCAGGCGAACAGUCAACCGCGGUGGUACCGUCGAAAGAUCUCGUUAUGACAGCUACUGGUGAAAGCAAUGACGUUCCGGAUGACGUACCCAUGCCUACUUUCUACGAAGAUAUGGUCGAGAAGCAUCAGACCAAGAUAUUAUCGGCCUCUCCCUUUGUCAAAUUUGAACCUCCUUAUCUCCUCAUGCGCGCGCGGGAACUAGAACGCAGGCUUGCUUACCUUAAGCGCCUCCGUGAUCAGGAUGAUGCCGCAGAUCAAUCAACCGACGAGAAAGCGAAAUCACAGAAGUUUGUCUUGAUCACACCGGAGAUGGUGCAUCAAUCACCUCGCGGUGCUCCGCCAAAAGUCAGGGAGGUUCUUCAUGCUGUUCACGACGCAGAGUUUGACAGGGCUCUUCAUAACUACCUGACCCAGAAAAGGCAAUGGGAGGCUUACGUUUCGGGUAACACGAACUUGUUCGACCCUUAUGCCCACCAAAAUAUUGUCGUUCUUUUCAGCCUGGUCUGCACGACCACGUCUAUCCCUUGCUCUGGCCCAGAUGUCUUCGCGAUUGAGUUCUACAACGAGCACGAAAGCGACAGAAUGUUUGAACCUGACUGUACGCUCGGGCAAUAUGUAGAGGACCUUUGCUUAAGUGCCAAUGCUAUCUGCACCGCAAACGGGUGCGAGAAGAGGAUGUUUGAGCACCACCGCCAAUAUGUCCACGGUGAGGCUCAAAUCAGCGUCUUUGUUCAACCAUAUCCAAGUAAGCUCCGCGGUAUGCAAGAUACAAUCCUUAUGUGGAGUAGCUGCAAGAUAUGUGGCAAUGAGACUCAGGUCAUGCCGAUGUCUGAGAGCACCUGGAAGUAUUCCUUCGGAAAGUAUCUGGAGCUGUCGUUCUGGUGUGCAAACUUGCAUCCGCGGGCCGGUGUCUGCCCUCACGAUUUGCACCGUGACCACCUUCGCUACUUCGGGUUUAAGGAUGUGGCUUUACGUAUCCAUUAUGACCCUAUCAAUAUACUCGAAAUCAUCGUCCCGCGAACUCGCGUAACGUGGAAAGUGGACAAUGAUUUGCGACUCAGAAACGAGGUGUAUUCAAAGACCGAACACCGUAUCAACAAGUUCAUGGCAUCCGUGAAAGCUCGACUUAAAAGCAUAAAUGUGGAAAGUGUGAUGCCGGAAUUGGUCGAGAGCUGUAAACGGGAAACAGAGGCUCUGAUGAAAAAAGCGAAUGAUGACCAUGCAGCUUUGAUUAGACAGUUGCAGGACAAGUAUAUGAACUCACAGUACUGGGCGGUUAUACCUCUCAACGAGGUUCUCCGUUCUGUCCAAGAGAAGGUUGUGGAAUGGGACGCUGCCUUCGCGGAAUUUGAGAAGAACUUCUUUCCCUCCGAGAAGGAUAUUCGACGAUUGGCAGCAUUGCAAUUGAAGAAGAUAUUCUUGGACAGAGACGCAUCUAUCACUUCAUUGACUUCGACAGAAGAGGCUGCUGCCACACCUUCAGAACCGGGAGCCGAGGAGGCUGCUCAAGACACAGAGAAACCACGGCCAGUUCGCCGAAUGACCCUGUCCCCAGAAAAAGCGCAGGACGUACUCGUCUCUGUCGUCGAAGAGCACUCUGGAAAAAUGAACAAAGACGCAACUCAGGCUGUCGUUGACUCUCCGACUCUCUCCGCCAGACCGGAUGAUAUUGAGGAACAAGCGCCCCCUGCGAGUCCUGAGGCAAACAAAGACUCUCGCCUUCCGCCGUCUGAAGCGACGAAUCCAGAAGGGGUUCAGCAUCUGGAUCUGGCUAUCCCGUCUAGUCUCUCGCAAGAGUCAACCUUGGAGUCUACUUAUGCAGAUCGCGUAGGAGUAUCGAGGCCUGCUACUCCUUCUCUGGAUCUGGAUGAGAGAAUCAGUAACCUAUCACCCCCAGGCUUACCCUUGCGUUCCGAAAAGGUACCUGCAAUCGAGAGACGUGAGUCGAAUGGAGCGACUCCGGAAGCCACACCUGUUCUUCCACCUUCAGCAAUCCCGAGGCCCGUCGAAGGGGGCAUGCGUUCCAGUGGUGGGAAAGCACGAUCUCCUCCGUUGUUCCGGACUUAUUCCCAGCCUGUUGGCUUACAACGACAAAGGAGCAAUGGCUCAACUGGCCCACUAGGGGCAUUGAAGUCUGGCUUUGGCAACACCAAUUCCAGGAACGUAGAUAAAGCAGCUAUCCCGCCGUACGAGCCAAAAAUCAAAGUCAACGACAAGAAGCUCUCGGAUCGUCUGGGAUUCAGCGCUCUGAAGACCGGAAGACUCACGGGCGGACACUCGCUAAUUCCUCGCUCCGUCCCUACUAAAAAGAAGAGCAGCCGUGUCUCGAAUCUGGCCAAGCAUUUUGAGCAGCUCAGUCGAGAAUUUGAAAAAGAACGCCAGAGGGAGAGACAACAACGAGCAGCAAAGGGCAAACACUCUCGUGCCUUCCCACGGGCGUCGUCAAAACCGAUCGUCGAGGUUUACAGAAACGUGCGAGAGGCAGUGGAAGAACGGGAGCCAUCAGGUGAAGGGGAUGAUUUCAUGUCGUCCGAACGGCCUGCUUCUUUGGAUGACCAGAGCCGAGAAAGCGAAGAGCUCACACGGAAAAACUCUGCCGAUGUUUCUACGAAAGAGCCUGCCUUGGAGGAGGUGACGGUGCAAUCGACGGAGAUCGAGGAGCCUACUCGUGAAACCAGUCAAGUUGCAUCUGAAGCUGAAGAGGAGCAUAGCGAUGCAGAGAGGAGCUUGACCGAUGAGCUUCAGUUGGUUGAGACCCCUGACGAACUUUCAAAGCUCGAGCCAGACGAUAGUCUGGAUCUAAAGGAACUGCCGAAACAUGAACGAAGUACGCUGGUGCGAAUGCUGACCAAUUUCUGGGCUGAACGUUCUGCGAGUGGAUGGGCGCCGCUGGAUUAUCCGUUGAAGGUGUCUGAUCAUGUCUUCGCUGACUGCGACAUCAUUGUGCGCGAAGAUGAGCCUAGCUCCCUGAUCGCUUUUGCGUUAGAUUCGUCGGACUAUAAGCAAAAGCUCGCCAGCAUCCAGAAGCAUUUCGAAGAGACGGAAGAGAAGACGGAGUCAAUCGGCGAUCGUGACGAUGACGAGGCGCAAGUGGAACACUCCUUGUUGAGGGCCACAGGAACACACCUCAAGUAUCAAUUCCAAGAAGGACAAGCAAAGAUGCUUUGCAAGGUGUUCUAUGCGGAGCAAUUCGACGCUCUCCGCAGAAAAUGCGGUAUUGCAGACCGCAUUGUUGAGUCGCUGUCUCGCUGCGCCAAAUGGGACUCCAAGGGUGGCAAGACUAAAUCAUUGUUCCUGAAGACACUAGACGAUCGGUUCAUUCUCAAGUCACUCUCCCCCAUCGAGACCCAGGCCUUUCUGAAGUUUGCUCCAGCCUACUUCCAGAUCAUGUCGGAGGCGCUUUUCCACGAAUUACCGUCAGCCAUUGCUAAGAUGUUUGGAUUCUACCAAGUGAUCAUCAAGAAUCCCUCUACGGGCGUGGAGUUCAACUGGUAUCUUCUCUUGAUGGAGAACCUCUUCUACGACCGUAUUCCGACACGCAUCUUUGACCUGAAGGGGUCCAUGCGGAAUCGCAAGGUGCAGAGUACUGGGGAGCGCAACGAGGUACUGUUGGACGAGAACAUGGUCGACUUCAUCUAUGAGACCCCUUUAUUCGCGCGGGAACAUUCGAAAAAGCUGCUCAGCCAGAGCGUUUGGAAUGAUACCUUGUUCCUGGGUCGACAGAACGUCAUGGAUUAUUCUCUUAUGAUCGCCAUUGACGAACAGCGCCAGGAGCUUGUUGUCGGCAUCAUCGACUGCAUCCGGACGUAUACGUGGGACAAGAAACUGGAGUCGUGGAUCAAGGACCGUGGCUUCGCAGGUGGUGGUAAGAACCGGCCCACCGUCACCAGUCCGAAGGAGUACAAGAGUCGUUUCCGAGAAGCCAUGGCUCGAUAUGUGCUCCACGCGCCAAACUGCUGGCACCAAUUCCAAUCUGUGCACAUAGAACAUCGUCCGCGUGUUGAAAAUACUUCUCGUGUCGCAAGCGCAGCCGACGUGCGGGGCGAUGAUGGAAGCACUGAUGGGAAUGUCUCAUGAGCUCUUCGUCUCGUCUACCGCCUUUCUAUGCCUAUUAUAAUGUCCUGUAACGUAGCCAUGACCUCACGACAGUAUAUCUUUUUUUCUUUUUCUUUUUCUGCCCGGUGUUGUGUUCUUACGAUGUCUAUUUCCCCUCUCCCAUGUUCGAGCAUUCGUUGUCCGGGGGGCUUUUCUCAGUCCCUGUCUUUUGCAUUUAAUGCAGGAUCAGACCCAGUUUAGGUGUGGCAAUAGUUCUUCUGUACUCUGGAUAGUUAACUGUUUUUGCAUUGUCCUUCUCAUUGCUCACAUGCAUUGUAAAUAACUUGUGCGGCAAGGGUCCCGUCUGACUCUGGUUCCAUGUUGAAAUCGGUAAUUCGCGAGCAGAGGUUGUGAGAAUAGGAAUGAUAUUUGGAAU